CUUACCCUCAUGCCUGUGUUCGCCCUCACCCUCCAGAUCCUCGCAGUGGCCACGGACCCUACAUCUUGGGCAGUACCUCCACUAGGGGUCAUGUUCAUCGUUCCAUUGACUAUCAUCCUACUGUCAGUGGCGCUGGCUGUGGGGCUUCCAGGCAACAGCUUUGUGGUGUGGAGCAUCCUGGUAAAGAUGCGGAAGCGCUCUGUCACUGCCUUGUUGGUGCUGAACCUGGCCUUGGCAGACUUGGCUGUAUUGCUUACCGCCCCCUUUUUCCUCUACUCUGUGGCCCAGGGCGCCUGGGGUUUUGGACUGUUUGGCUGCCGCCUGUUUCACUAUACCUGCGGAGUCAGCAUGUACGCCAGCGUCCUGCUGAUCACGGCCAUGAGUCUGGACCGCUCGCUGGCAGUCGCCCUCCCCUUCGUGUCCCAGAAGUUUCGUACCAAGGCCGUUGCCUGGUGGGUGCUAGGAAUCAUCUGGGUGAUGUCCUUUCUGCUGGCCAUACCUGUCAUUAUGUACCGCAACGUGAGCUUGAGACAGGACAACCAGACCCGCUGCUUCCCAACGUACUCCAGCGAGCGAGCCAAGGCAUUCCAUCUGCUCUUCGAGGCCCUUACCGGCUUCCUGCUGCCCUUCCUGGUGGUGGUGGCCUGCUACUCGGAUAUCAGGCGCCGGCUGCAGGCCCGGCGCUUCCGCCGCAGCCGCCGCACGGGCCGCCUGGUGGUGCUCAUCAUCCUGGCCUUUGUCGCCUUCUGGCUGCCCUACCACCUGGUGAACCUAGUCGACGCGGGCCGGGUGCUAGCCGGCAGGGGCGCGGCGCCCAUGGGAGACCCGCUCUUCCUGGCGCGCCACGUGUUCAUCGCGCUGGCUUUCCUGAGCAGUAGCGUGAACCCCGUGCUGUAUGCCUGCGCCGGCGGCGGACUACUGCGCUCGGCCGGCGUGGGCUUCAUCGCCAAGCUGUUGGAGGGCACCGGCUCCGAGGCGUCCAGCACCCGCCGCGGGGGCACCCUGGGCCAGACGGUGAGGGGCGCCCCCGCCCCUUCCGAGGCUGGCCCCUCUGGGAGCCUCGCCGACUCCAUCGACGCUCUCCAGUGA